CGUUUCGUCCCCUUCUCUCUUUCUCCGCCUCUUUAUUGCUUGCUCUUCUCUCUCUGGAGUGGAACUUUUGGAUCCGAGCUGUUAGGGAGAGGGCUUGCGAGAGGCGGAAAUGGUCGAGACGAGACGGAGCUCAGCCUCGGCGGCUACCAAGCGAUGCCCAUCCUCGUCGGCUGCCAAGCGAUACCCAUCCCCGUCGUCUUCCUCGUCGUCGGCGGCUCCCCCCAGCGCAAAGCGCUCAAAGGUCGACGCGAAAGCGCUGCCGCCUAGGGAGAAGGAGCAAGUGAAUCACGAGGAGCCGGUGUUGUCGGGUCGUGAAGAUGGGAUUAUUGCUGAUGCCUCCUCGCCUGAUGAAGCUCUGAGGGUGGACAUGGAAAUGGAAAACCCUAUUGAAUUGCCCGUUCAAGGGCAUGUGGAGUGUGCAUCGCAGUUGGAUCUGCUGACGAAACAUGCGGAAGAAGGAGGAGCACCAAGGGGCGUUGCAUGGGGAAAGCUUGUAUCUCAGUUCGCUCAGAAUCCUUCUCAUUCCAUUUGCAGCAAUUUAUUCACUGUUGGUAAUAGCAAAACUUGUGAUCUACAAUUGCUCGAUCCAACUGUGGGCACUACUCUUUGUGUAUUAAAGCAAAUAAAGCGUGGUGGUGCUUCUAUCACUUUACUUGAAACUGUUGGGGCAAAAGGUGUUAUACAAGUAAAUGGGAAAACAGUUGAGCAAAAAUCCAUUAUUCUUAUUGGUGGAGAUGAAGUUGUUUUUAGUAGGCCAGAAAAACACAUAUAUAUUUUUCAGCAACUACCUAAGGAGAAACCAAAUACACCAAGCAUACAUACUUUACACAGUUCUUCAGAGAUAAAGGAUGCUUCCAAAAAGGGACUUAAAUUUCAGAACAGAACUGGAGAUCAUUCAACAGCUGCUGUUGUUUCAAUGCUAGCAUCAUUGUCAACCCUAAAGAAAGAUCUAUCUGUUGAUCCUCCAUCUGCAACUAUUGAACCUUUAACUGAUUUGGAUACAAGUUCAAAUGCCUGCAAGCUCUUUCAGGAUCAAAAGGACUUUGAGUUUCCUGUGAGUGCAUCAUCGAAUAGAUCCCAGGCAUUGAAGGAUUGUUUAAAACAAGCAAUUAUCGAACCUAAUGACCUUGAUGUUUCCUUUGAUAAUUUUCCCUACUACCUCAGGUACUAUUUGAUUGUGCUAUUUUGUGAAAUGACAUGCUAGUGCAUUACAAUUGUG